CCGAUGACGUCAGCCCCGACGAGCAGCACAACACGGAAGUCCUCGGGUCUCUGGUUCAACCUGUUUGCGCGAAACGACUUUACGAGCAAAUGUUUUAGAAUGCCUGUUGAAAGCCCGGAGAGCAGGACGGUGGAGGUGCUGGCUCUGCCUGCAGCCGUGGACGAGGAGCUGCUCUUCCUGUACUUUGAGAAUAAGCGGCGCUCUGGGGGGGGUCCACUCGUCUCCGUGGAGAAGAACGGUGACCGCGCCGUACUGGUGUUUGAGGAGGCAGAAGCUGCAGCCAAAGUGCUGUCGAAAGGGCACCACGUUCUGCAUAAUGUCGAGCUGAGUGUGAGAAGGCCAGCCUCAAAGGACCAGUGUACACUGCUGCUGCGGGGGAUCAACCCCAACACCAGCACCGAGAUGAUAGAGCUCUAUGUGGAGAACUUGAUGGGCUUGAACAUGCCCGACUACACUCUGUAUCCCUCACCGGGGAGAGAUUUCAUCCUCGUUACCCUCAGCCAACCCCUCUCGAAAGAUUUCCAAAACCUUAGUGCUAAAAUCUCCAAGAGGAAACUUGAUGGCGCCGAGAUAAGUCUCGAACGGGCCGAGCCGACGGACUCCGUCUUGGUGGAGAACCUGCACCCCGGCACCACUCCAGACCUGCUCACUUUGUACUUUGAGAGCAAGCGAGGUGGGAAUCAAAAGGUGAAGGUGGUCACGAUGCUUUCGGAUCGUACAGCCAAGGUGUCCUUUGUCAAUUAUGAAUCUGUGGGCCCGAUUCUCGGCCACCCACACAAACUGGACGGUGCUGAUCUCGUCGUGCGGCCGCACUUUGACUCCCUCUUACCCACAGAAAGAUUAAUGUCACAGGACUCUGGAAUUGGAAGCCGAAAUAUGACUGAGAGAAACUCGGAGGAUAUUCAGAUGCAGACUAGUCCUCCCAUGGCGGUCCUUGCAGACAGCCAGUCCUCCUCUCAAACGGCCUCAAAGCCUCUGGCGGUCCAUGAAGCCGCAGUAGAGGAGGAGGAGGAGGCGGCGGAGGAGGAAGUCAUGGAGGAGCAAACGGAGCAGGAAUCGACAAUAUCAAGUCAGAUUCCUGUCGCUGACCCAGUGAAACUUGCUUUGUUUCAACUCGGCACCUUUCGACAGGACACUGAAAACGCUCACCCAAAUCUCACCAUCCAAAUCAAAGACAACGAGGUGCACAUUGCAGGCACCGACGGACAACAGGUUGAGCAGAUAAAACACGCCAUCGCUGACUUUUUUGGCAAAAUGGCCGAGGCUCGUUUCACCCUCGAGUCGGAAAAGGCUCAGCUCCUCGCGAGAAAAGACGUAAAAGACCGCCUACUGCAAACUGUGACUCAAACUGGGUCACCUGCCAUGUACACCGUGUCGGACUGCAAUGUCGCGGUCACCUCCCUCUCCCAGGACUCUGCCAACCAGGCGUGUAGCUUUUUAAAAUCCCAGCUGUGUCACCUCAGCAUAGCGGUGGACUCGAAAAACGAGUGCAUGUUGUAUUGCAGAGAGUGGUCCGAGUUCCUGCAGGCCCUGGGUUUCACCACCGUGAAGGUGUCGGAACAAGGCUGGAAUAUCGACGUGUUCACUCUGAAAGGGAUGGAGGGCGAGAAGCAGGCGGCGAUCGUGCAGUUUCUCACAACGCCCAUUGAAAGGGAGACGGUCAUCUCUAUGCAGCCGGGCAUUCUGAAAUACAUCCAGAUCCAUUGUCAUCAGCUGUUGGCUGACAUGGACCAGGUGUCUAUUUUCCCUCUAGAAGCUGAGGGCGCUUGUGGGUUAAAGAUCCAUGGCCCCGCGACUGCUUGUCAAAUGGCCGAGGAGGUGUUGCAAGGUGUCGUGUCCUCCAUCUGCACCAGAACCAUCACGGUGAACGCUCCGGGGGUGACCAGGUUUUUAAACGAGACGGAGUGCGUGAAAAUCAUGAAGGAGAUGGAGACAAAGUUUACGGUCUUCAUCGGCCGAAAGUACGUGCCUUGGGAAUACCUGCCCCACCAGGACUUUUUUGUCGCUGCAUGGGACUUGAUGUCCCACAAAAACUUCCAGAAGGUGUCUUCGGAAGGUUCUCCACAGGAGUUAAAGUCGGAUUCAAUGCAGACUGAUUCAGACCAACCCGACGACAUGGAUGACCUGGACCUGUACUCGGCAGAGGAACCGACCAUUGUAGACCAGGACUCCUCUGUGAUGGUUGUGGAUGAUUCGACUAUGGUGCAAACGACAAGCGGGUUACUCCGGCUGACUGAUGGAAUGCUCUGCCUUCCCCCCAUUCUUGAAAAAGACCCCCAACUUGAAGAAGACGCCCAACUGUCUCUAGCCAUCCAGAACUCUAUGGAGUCGAGUUUUUGGUCCCUGGAGGACGAGGAGCAGCAGCUGCAAGACGCCUUGGCGCUGUCCAAGAAAAUGAGCCAACAUGAGGCCUCUUCUAGUAGUGACGAGAGCCCCCGUGUGGUGAAGGGCAAUGACGUUUGCUUAGAGGACGCCAUCAAGGCCGCCAACACCCUCAAGCUAUUUGUGUUUGCAGGUUACAACUGCGACCUGAUUCGCGUGGACAUAGCCUUCGGGAAGAAGGUCAGCCAGAGGCAGGUCGAGGAGAAGCUGGAGCACAGGACCGUGAAGAACAUGUCCGAGUACCACAGGGCGUGUCUGCAGAUGAUCAAGAGGAAGCACGGGGUCGAGAUCCAAAUUAAGGGCACCAUCAUCACCGUUUCCGGCUUCAAGGACUACGUGACCGGAGGGCUGUGUGACGUGAAGCUGCUGCUGGAGAGAAUCUCCUCUUCUGUGUCCGACCGGGAAAUCCUGAGGACCGUCCAGUGGAUGUUUCACGACCCGGACUCUUCAGACGCGACCCUUUAUUCGCCCGACGCCACCGUGUUCAUCGAGAAUGCUUUGAGGAUGAGGCUGGAAAAGGUGGACAUCUUGUUGGACAAUCAGCCCCACAUCAUCAACUUUGAGAAGAUGCAGGAAUACAACAUAGCUUCUGGGAAAUCUGUGAAAGUCUCCAGGAAGCUGCCCGAAUUAGGGGAUUUGGAUGCCGACGUACCAGAAGAGGAAUACUCUCUGCUGUCACAUAUGCCCGAGGCCACCAAAGUCGACGAGGAGUCCGAUGAAUUUCAGAAAGUGGUGAAGAAUUUCUACGAGAGCAUUCAGCAUUUCCACAGCAAAAUCAGAAUCAUACAGGUGGAGAAGCUCAUGAACCGGCUGCUCUUCAAUCAGUACAAGUUGAAGAAGGCGAGCGUGCUGCAGCGCGCCACGUAUCCGGAGGUCGAACGCACUCUCUAUCACGGCACGAGUGAGACGUGCGUGAAAGAGAUCUGCGUUCACGGGUUCAACAGGAGCUUCUCUGGAAAGAACGCCACCGUCUACGGUCAGGGCGUGUACUUCGCGGUCAACUCGGCGCUGUCCGUCCAGGAACAGUACUCGCCCCCGAAUGCGGACGGAUACAAGUACAUCUUUGUGUCGAAGGUUCUCACGGGGGACUACACGAAGGGCUGCCAUUCGAUGAAGACGGCGCCGCUGAGGGAGACGGACGGCAUCCCCCUCCGAUACGACAGCGUGACCGACGACAUCACCAAGCCGACGAUGUUCGUCAUCUUCAACGACACGCAGGCCUUUCCUGAAUAUCUCAUCACGUGCCAGAAAAUCCACCGCUGAGGAUGAAUCUGGAGGAAGAUUUUGUGUAUGAAGGGCUAAUUGUUAUUAUAAUUCUAGUGAGACGGUUGUUUUUCAUGAUCUAAAUGUCAACGGGUACGGAUUUUGAAUGUUUGAUCAGCGACUCUUUGAGUUUUAGUCACGUCUGAUCAAGAGAAGCUUGUUUUAUUGCAGUACAAAUGAAUUUGGCACCUCGCUAAUGAUUAUUACUCACAACAUAACUCGCGAGCAUCUGAAAUGUGUUGUAUUUAUGGUCUAGAAAUCAAACAUAAAUGCUUUGCCGUGUAUUGUUCCUGAUUUUCCUUCGUACAGAAAAUGUGGAAAUCACAAAGGUUUUUGACAGGAUGCACCGCGCCGUGUAACAGUUCUAUCUGUAGGAGGUGAAUGCACACGAUUUCUCCCCGGUCAUUAGUUUGUGCACAUAAACAGAAUUUCAUACAAACAGAAUUUCAUACGAACAGAAUAUGGUUUUGGGGGUUUCAGAGGUUUUGAGUUCCCCUGAAGUGUCGAGGCUCUUCUUAGUUAUAUGAGAAGAGAUUCUGAGAAUAGCAGACGCAAGUCCACCUCAAACUAAAAUGUUAUACGGAAAUAAUAAGCUUGUUUACAAAGAGGAGAACAAUUAGGUCUUGGUUGAAAAUCACUACAAGUGUCCCCAAACAUCAUGCACUCGUUUUGUUUUAAGCUAUAUUUUACAUGUUGUAAAUGUUAAGCAUUACAUAACUGACUCUUCUAGCCUACUGCAAUUACGAGAAAUGUGUAUUAUUAUUUCAAUAAAACAACAUAAUCUGUGA